UCAAUCAGCUCUCGAAUAUUUUUAUUUUUUAUUAAUUUUUUACUGAAAUGAUUGUCCUGGACAACGAAAAAUACCAUGAAAUUUGCAGUUACAUGCGUCGUUACAAGAGACUCGCGAUAGAUUGUGAAGCAUCUUUAGUCAAAAAGUUUCCUGAUGUGCCACGAUUGACGCUCGCUAGUUUGUUGCAACACGAUCGCCAACUGCGUCUCCGGCAAAUGCAUGCACGCGUAAAUGCGCGUGCCGCAGAACAUCUCGCGGAAUAUCGACGUCGCGUUUCCACAGAUGCCGGCAAAACGCUCCUCAAAAUGGCUUUGGAGAUGGAUUUUUCGCCCAUCAGCUUGGCUCGCAUCAUCGUCUCUGCCGCUUACCCGGAUUUUCCCAAACCUGACAUCAGUAAGAUGAUGCACAACAUCGACACGAUUCCAGAUCCGCAAUUAGCGCUCAACGUUUGUCACUGCAUCCUGAACGACAAUCAGGAGGGAGCGAUUGCAGAUGCGGCGCGACGUUGCAUCGGCGAGGAAUACGAGAUUCGGUUGAAGGAAAUGGCCCGAAAUGCGGGAAUGGUCUUUUAUGACGAGGGAGAUUUGCGACGUGAGGGUUACGAUAAGACGCCAGAUCUGAAAAUGGCUGUUCCGUUUCUGUAUAAGGGGAUGGUAGUGAACUGGAUAGAGAGUAAGGCGUUAUUUGGAGAUCAUGAGGCGCAUAAGAGGUACAUGAAUGACCAGUUGACGAGUUAUGUGAAUCGAUUUGGACCGGGAAUUGUGAUUUAUUGGCUUGGAUUUUUAGAUGAUAUUCGGUAUCAUAAGGAGAAUGACGAGCAUAUCGUUAUUUUACAUUCGUUUCCGGAGGCUUCGGAGAUGGAAUUUCUUUCCUAUGGCAAAGAAAGUGCUGAAAAUAAAGCAAAUUGUACAUAA